CGCAGGCUCGCUGCAUCUAGCUUUGCCUAAUGGGCAGCAGCUUUACUUUACUUAAGUGCCGCUGUGUGCCGGUCGGUUACUGCUGAAGAAAGCACCUGUGACUGCAAAAUCAGGCAAAGCAAGACAGCGAUAGGCAAGCUCAAGCAAGCCAGAACACGGCAAGUCGUCGGCGCAAUAGCCCAGCCCACAUCCCCAACACCAACCCGGAGCGCCAGCGCCAGCGCCCCCAGGCCCAGGACAGCCUCGACAGGCUUCAGGGGUGGUUGUCCAGGGGCCCCUUCGAUAAGAUCAUAAGAGCCAUAAUUUAACCUUAUCGGUACGAGCAGGGAUAUUCACCACCUCAAUUUAUUCUGGACAUCUAGAAGCCGGGAAGCGUUCCCAAAUUCCAUAAUAUCCACGCGCCAUUCCUUGUGCAUUCCUGCUCGCACAACAAUGCGUCCUUCUCCAGAAGGGGACGACGACGAAGAAUACCAAGGCGACACUAUUAUUGUCAAAGGCGAUUUUCGCUGGCAAGCUGAAAACAAAACCGAUAGCAUGAGUAGCCCCGGACUAGACCUGCUCGCGAAAAUCAACACUCCUCGACACCUCGAAAGCCCGGAAGCUUUUGAGGAAGACAUCUCGGCCGCGAAUUUCACGCACUUGGAUACUCGGCCACAACAAACACCCCAGCGGACACCAAGACCCAGGAACAGGAUCAUCGCGACCACUAUGGAGGAACGGCUCCAGCAGAUGCCCAAACUUCGAGAGCUACCUUGGAGGGACGGGGUGGAGGACGGAGCAGAUAACGAAACUGGAGGAGAGUCGCGUCGGAAACAGAUUCGAUUUGGAUGUUUACUGGCUACGCGCGGAGAGGUACAGGAAGUUCCAUGCCAGAGCUGCGCAAAUGGUCGGGGCAAGUUUAAUGUUUGUGUCGCGCUGGAUGGGUACUUCAAAGGGGCAUGUGCAAGUUGCCAGCUCAGUGGCAGACCGAAUCGCUGUAGCAUCAAGAAGAACGACGCAGGUGAAAUUACAGGAAGUCCCACUCUCAAUCCACCACUACCUGAAGACACCAGUCCACUGAGGAGUAUUGAUCAUCAGGCACCUCAUAGCAGUGCAUCACAAUUGUCAAAACGUAGGAAAACAGAUAACUCAGUGCCGGAAUGGGAGAGUGCACGACCACAGUGGGAGCAGGAGCUGGGCGAGUCAACUAGGCAACACAUGAAUCAGAUUGUGGAUAGGUCUUGGGCUCCAGUUAAUGUCAACUCUCCAGCAGGAUUGACGGGUGCACAUCCAAUAAUGAAUGGUAUGAAUGGGGCGGCUGCUAGGCCACAGGGCGGAAAUAAUGACCGCAAUAAUUCUUUGAACUGGUCAUCUGUGAAACAGCCAAUUCCAAUGCCAGGACAGCAGUUCGGGAAUGGUGGUGAAGGAAACGCAGCAACUUUCCGGCUUAAUAUGGAGCAAGGCCGAAGGGAAGACACUGUCAUCAACGAGGAUGGCUCAUCGGCUCUAAUUGAUGCUUUGCCGAAGCAGAAGCAAAGACAGGUUUAUGGUUUGGUGAGCGGUUUGCAAGGUGGAAUCGAACAUUUGCAGAGGGAACUUAACUCCCUGAAAAAGGCACUUGGGAUCGACGAUGGGAACUAGUCUGCUGGGGAUAGAUCUGGCUUGUUACCCUGACUUAUUUUUAUCUUUAAUCCUAAUAAAUGAUGAUGACUAUAGUAGCU